AUGCGUUUCGUGACUUUAGACUCGCAGAUGCAAAUUUGUCUUAUGAGAAGAAGGUUGCUACCCCCAUUUGCACCGUUCAAGGGGCGCUAUGUGAUUGCGCCAAAGUACAAGUUAGGAAAUUGCUUAAUCGAGAAGGUUAUGAGCACGUUUCACAAUUCAUUAUUCUGUUAUUUAAAUAAACCGUGGCUAUAUGGAGAAGGCAAAAAGAGCCUUAAUGAUGGAAUAUGGGAUGACAGGCAUCCAGAAAAUGAGUAUUCGUACGAGGAUAAGACUCGAAUAUUCCAUUUUGCUCCUAUGACAUGGUACUGCCCUUCAAUUGCAUCUUUUAACUUUGUUAGCGUGAUUCGUUACGAUAUGUUGCAAAGAGAAGAGAUGGCCAAGAAAUACGACCAUGUGUUGCAAAUUGCUGGUGUUCCGAUGCAACAAAGAUCAUACAUCCGCGCGGAGUUUAUGGGAAGCCUCCCACCUCAUGCGACGUGGAAUAAAACAGAUCGAGUCGACAUCGAGAAUAAAUUGCUUUCAAGCACAAAUCUUCUUGGGAUCUUCUUACAACUAUACUAUCAUGACUUUGUUAUUUUCGGUUAUGAUUUCCCAACGCCGAAAUAUACGCAAUGA